AAGAUAAUCCCUCAGGCACCUGGCAAGAAGUGACAGAUAAUUGUACUUGGCGGUAACACACACUUGCAGCAAGGUUCCAGUUACCUAUUACGAUGAGGACCCGGCUAGUCUGGCUUCUCGUAGCGAUUUUUAGUCUAGUUUGUACCCCGAAAGGCCCGCUGGUGAUGGUCUGCGCGGUUGGCGAUGGUGCAAAGUAUAAUGAUCAGAAAGAACAGGAGGUCAUGGCGAUCGCUGCUGCUGCUCUGGCAAACCAGGGCAACUGCUUUUUGGUUGGCUCUUGUAAGUCGGAUUGUAGCCGAGCGGUGUGCCGUCCGCAGAAGGAAGAUCUUCAAGACUCCCUUUGCACAAAAGUGGACAACAAUGAGUAUUGUCCGCUAUCCAACUCAGUAUCCAACGCCAGCCAAGGCUGUCAGCAGAUGAUGCUGAAUUACAAGAAGUCCUACAUAACGCUUCCUCCGAACACGGACUUCCAAAAUCUUCCCACCGAGAUCACCCGAGACGUUUGCCUACAGCGGGCUCUGGACUCCACAUUCAAGACCAUAUCCUUCCCCGACAACUUCUCCUAUGUGUACUUUGGAUCCGUAUCAGGCGCUUGGAGAGCAUUUCCUGGAAGAGACUCUACAGAGGAGCGAUGCAACUCCUUUGACAGCCGCUGGAGGCCUUGGUUCUUGGAUGCCAUUUCGGUAUCGAAGCAGCUGAUGAUCCUCGUGGACACUGGAAAUAUGAUGGGCACGAGUGUAACCGGGGAAUUCCAACGGCCUCUCGGAACUACCUACUUGGACAUUGGAAUCGACUUAGCGGUUUCUCUGAUCCAGACUCUGUCGCCAGGAGAUUUCGUGCAGGUAUGGCCUUUCAACAGCAGCGGCGCUAGCCCUCUGGGGCCCGCUAUAAACGUAGGGAAUUACGAUGAUUCCGGUGCCCGUUCGGAGUUGAUGCCCUUGAAGGAUAGCGUGAAACGAUUGAAACGGUCAGACGACCCACGGCCAUCGGACCUCAACGACGGAGUGAUCAAGGCAGUUUCCAGUUUUAAAACUACCGGAUCUAAUUCUUUGAAGUUGGUGGUUGUCAUCAGCAAUGGCAAUUUUAUUCCGUUGAACACAACAACAUUUCCAACCGCAGUCAUAAGGCAGAACAAGACUAAGUUGCUUGUGUACAAACUCCCCGUAAACUCCGAUUCAGAUCCAACCUCAGAUCCGUUCUUGAUCAACACCACCCUCCCCUCAGUUUUGUGCGGUGUGCAAGGAUCAUUUGAGGUCUUGGAAGCACCAGCUACCGCGAACCCUCUGUACGCCUUGAGAGGUUAUUUCUCCUUCUUGGCUCAGACACACCAGGAUGCUGUCAACUCGAAACCGACGUGGAGCAAUGUUUACAGGAGCGUGGCGCAAUCACUUGACGCCGUUACCGUGACUGCACCAGCGAUUGACAAGGACGGAAGGUUGGUUGGAGUUUCUGGAAUCGAUGUGUACCUGAACCAGCUGGAGGGUCAGUUGCGAGCAUUGGUGGUUUCAGAUCUUGCAAGUAGAAGACGAGGGACCAUUCAACCUCCUAAUAACCUCACCCUGGUUUGCAGCUAUCAGAAUCAGUCGACCGUGGCAGCGGUCUGCCCGUCGAGCUCGCUGCCAUCCGAUGGUGUGACAUGCCCGAAAACAGACACCAGGAAUCUUGCUGAACGUGUUUGCUGUGGUAACUGCGUACCUCCUCCUCCACCUCCAUUUGCAUGGUGGAAGAUUUUGCUUAUUUUUGUGGGGGGAUCGAUCGGAGUGUUUCUUCUAGUGUGGGCGUGCGGAAACUGUUACUAUGGAAGCAACAAGAAGUUCAAGCAAGCAGUGAAGUCUCGAUUUGCCUGCUGCUUCUGCUGGCGGACAAAAGCACUCCCUGGUGCAGACGUAGGUGGUUUAAAGACGCCUGCCCAGGUAGCCUCAGUGUCUGUGACUCAGUGUAGUAUUAGGAGUAAGUAGCAAGUUACUCAGGUUCUACAGUGUAGAGUAGUUUUACAGCCGAGAUGCUUAAGAAUCUCUCCAGUCCUAUGGGCUUGCAGAGAGGUGUUGUGAAGCAUGAGGGAUGGUAGCUGUAAUAUGUGAGAUAUUUAGUAUUGUAGAAUAAGAAUUUUUUAGUCAAUAUUUUCUUAAUUCUGGCAAAAUUCUGGCGAGUUGAUUGUUUGUUGAAUUAAUACCCUGAGCAUCAGAUCGUGCGGUUUUUCGUGUGCGCUUAAGCGGUAGAUGAGAAUGGAUUCGCGAUUCCCAGUCGUACCGAACUGCCGCGUAUAAUUUGUGAGUUUUCAGCGACAUAAAAGUGUGAAUAUUAAAUUACAUGUUUUGUCA